CUUACUCCGUGUUAAUCGACAACAACCACAACCAACCAAGCUGCUCUAUUCAAUUCAUCUCCUCGCGUAAGUAGCGGCAGAGUGAGACCUCUGCGUACUUCUCCUAUCUUUGAAAAGCGUUUCUCCUUUCCGCUCCGCUGGAAUUUCCUCCGCAGUAAUGGAUCCCAAACACGGGGCGAAGGUCUGCUGAAGACGGGUCGCGCCGUUUGUGUGGGUACAGCAGCCUGCAGCAGUGUCGGUCUCAUAAAGUAAACCGUGCACAGGAUCAGUCUGGUGGAAGGUUAGAGUUGUAGUGAGUUAUCGAUCAUCUAUGGAUAACUGACAAGGCAGGAAUGCGACGUCCCCCACUGAGCUCAAGAUGAGAGAGUGGUGGGUUCAUGUGGGUUUGAUCUGCAUCCCUCUGGUGGCCGUGUACCUGCACAUCCCGCCCCCUCAGCUCUCCCCUGCGCUGCAGAAGUGGCACAGUACUGGGAAGGUCUUUCACUUCAGAGGCUGGAAAAUCUUCUACAGAGACUCCCUCGGUGCUUUGGGAAGCUCAGAUGUUGUCAUUCUGCUCCACGGCUUCCCCACCUCCAGCUAUGACUGGAGCAAGAUCUGGGAUCCACUCACGCAGCGAUUCCAUCGAGUCAUUGCACUGGACUUCCUUGGUUUUGGCUUCAGUGACAAGCCGCGGCCUCAUAAGUACUCCAUCUUUGAGCAGGCCAGUGUGGUGGAAGGUCUGGUGGCCCACUUGGGACUGAGCAACCAGCGAGUGAACCUGGUGUCCCAUGACUAUGGAGACACUGUGGCCCUGGAGCUGCUCUACAGGAGUGAUCAAAAUCGCACAAGUCACCUGACAUUGAACAGCCUGUGUCUUUCUAAUGGAGGAUUAUUCCCAGAAACAAACCACCCACGGUUGCUGCAGACGCUUCUGAAGGACUCCAGUUUUCUGGCUCCGAUUCUGAUGCGAAUCACCAACUACAUGAUCUUUCAAAAAGGGAUAGGAGAAGUGUUCGGUCCGUACACGCAGCCAUCAGAUGCUGAGUUCUGGGACAUGUGGACAGGGUUACGCUACAAUGACGGCAACUUAGUUUUGGACAGUAUUCUGCAGUACAUCAACCAGAGAUUGAAACACAGAGAGCGCUGGGUGGGAACGCUCACUUCCACAUACGUCCCACUGCACAUGAUCUAUGGACCCUUGGACCCAGUCAACCCCCAUCCUCACUUCAUCCGUCUUUACCAGAAACUGGUCCAGAGGUCAACAGUCACAAUUUUGGAUGAACACAUCAGUCACUACCCUCAGCUGGAAGAUCCCACUGGCUUCUUAAAUGCAUAUUUCAAUUUUAUUCAUUCUUUCUGAAAGAAAACCAAAUGCAACUGAUUGUAAAACCUACCGAAUUAAGUGUUGUACCAAAGUGUGAGACGUUGACAUGGUACAGAUCGCUGUUCUAAUGAUUGUAACCAGAUGAAAUGCUGCAUCAGUCUGAGAUUUGAUCAGAGCUAAUUUACCAGCACCAGUCCCUGAAAUGUUUAUCACUGCCAUGAAGAUGGGAAGUGUGGGCUAAAAAUGAUUGUAUUUAAAUAGCUGGAGAUGAGUGCAGAAGUACAAUAAUGUAAUUCGAAGUGAUGUUAGGGUGUGUGAUCACUGAGUUUAUGUGGGACACUGUUUUGAUUCCUUCUAUUUUGCGUUGUCUGUCUUGCUGUCAGCGGUAUUCUGAAUGAAUUUUGAUAUAAUUUUCUACAUUUAUCUUGAUGUCAGUGACUAAAUAUCAGCUUUUCU